UUGAUCCACUGACAGGUGGAUAAAUUCCGUCUUUAUUUUUUCUGUAUUUAUAUGAAACAGUUGAAAAUCAUUAAUUUAUUUGGGUUGGUAGGGGGGCUCCUUGUUUUCGCUAUUUUACCAAUAAGUAUUGGGAGUUUGAGCUUGUUUGUCCCAUCACGCUUGCCUUAGUAUUUUUAUCCUUUCUGACGCCAACUGUUUCUUCUUUUAGCUGUAACGUCGGUACAGAUUAAUUUGCUGUAGUGGUUUGCUUUUGUUACCAGUUUCAUUUUAUUCGCUUUUACGCCGACAUUUUACUGGACGAGACGACUCGUAUUUUCUAAGUUAGCAUUUAUAGCUUCGACAUAACAGGGUUCGCUAAACAGGAGUUUCUAUGGGUCUGUUUUUGUAGGAUGGGUAUUUUGUCUAAGUUAACUGUCACCGUGCUCCUUUCUCUUUCUUUGCUAGUGUGUUUACACAGGGACCUUUUGUUCAGCAAUGAAGGCAGACUCGUUUGGUCAGUUCAUUACGAUCAUAAUGAGGUUAUAGCACAUAAAAAGACUGGUUAUUAUUAUCCUGGCGUACCAAAGAGUAUUUCAAAGAAUGACAUCCACCCAGAAAGCCUCCAAAGUUCUGGGAAUUCCAGACAAACUGAAUGCACCACGGCUCCGGAGAGUCGGUUUGACUGUGGCAGGGACAGGCUGCUGAGCCAGGAGGAGUGUGAGGAGAGGGGGUGCUGCUAUGCUCCUCUGCCCAGAUCUGCAGGACCACCCUGGUGCUUCUACCCUGCUCUGUACCCAGGCUAUACCAUGGGACCCCUCACCCCCAGUAGGAGGGGUCAAAUUGCCACCCUGACCCGGGUCACCCCAUCCUAUCUUCCCAAAGAUAUUUCUACUCUGAGCCUGGAAGUCAUAGAGGAGUCUUCAAGUUGCUUUCACAUUGUUGUAAAGGACCCCUCCUCUCAGCGGUAUGAAGUCCCCCUCCCAGGUGGCACUCCUCAGACAGAAGCGUAUACCCAGGAUGUCCUCUACACCACAGAAUACCAGCAUGAUCCCUUCGGUUUCGUAGUGCAACGCAAGUCCAAUGGAAGGGUCCUGAUGAACACCACAGUUGCUCCCUUGCUGUUUGCUGACCAGUACCUGCAGCUGUCCACCACACUGGCCUCCUCCCUGGUGUCUGGCCUUGGAGAGCAUUACACGCCUCUCGUCCUGGACCUGAACUGGACAUCACUGACUCUUUGGAACAGAGACAUGGCCCCACAUGCUGACGCUAACCUCUAUGGCUCCCAUCCAUUUUAUAUGGUGCAGGAAGAGAACGGCUUUGCACAUGGAGCUUUCCUUCUCAACAGCAAUGCAAUCGAAGUGAUGCUGCAGCCAACUCCAGCUCUCACCUGGGUGUCCACUGGUGGAAUCCUGGAUCUGUACAUUUUUUUGGGCCCUGACCCUCAAAGUGUGAUACGACAGUACCUCCAGGUCAUUGGGUAUCCCAUGAUGCCUCCUUAUUGGUCACUGGGCUUUCAUCUUUGUCGCUGGGGUUAUGUGACUAGUAAUGCAACUCGCAUGGUUGCACAACGCAUGCACAGUGCAAACUUUCCCAUGGAUGUACAGUGGAAUGACUUAGACUAUGCAGACAAGCGAAGGGUGUUUACCUUUGACCCGAUGCGAUUUGGUGACCUUCCAGAGAUGGUGCAGGAGUUUCAUAAGAAAGGCAUGAAGUACAUCCUCAUUCUGGACCCAGGCAUUAGCAGCACCAGCCCCCCUGGAACAUACCCUCCUUUUGAAGACGGUGUGAAACGAGAUGUAUUUCUUAAAAAUGCAACUGGGCACAUUCUGAUAGGGAAGGUUUGGCCCGGCCCGACAGCAUUUCCUGACUUCACCAACCCUGAGGCCAGGCAGUGGUGGGAGGACUGCAUCAGAAUCUUUUAUUCCAAAGUUCCUGUAGAUGGUGUGUGGAUUGAUAUGAAUGAACCAUCCAGUUUCGUCCAGGGAUCAGUGGAGGGCUGCCCCGACAAUGAGCUUGAGAAACCACCAUACACGCCCAGGGUGGUUGGCGGCCAGUUAAACUCAGGAACCAUCUGUAUGUCGGCACAGCAGAAGCUGUCCAGUCAUUACAACCUGCACAAUCUGUACGGAUUGACUGAAGCUUAUGCAACGCACAGUGCUCUCAUGAAGAUUCAGGGGAGGAGACCCUUUGUUUUGUCUCGAUCCUCUUUCCCUGGCAUUGGGCGUUUUUCUGCAGUGUGGACAGGAGAUGUGAGGAGUGACUGGGAACAGCUUCGGUUCUCCAUCGCUGCGGUGCUGCAGUUCAGCCUGUUUGGAGUGCCCCUGGUGGGAGCGGACAUCUGCGGCUUCGAAGGCAACACCACAGAGGAGUUGUGUGUGCGAUGGAUGCAGCUUGGUGCCUUUUAUCCAUUGAUGAGGAACCACAAUGACAAGCCCAACGCUCCUCAAGAGCCGUAUGUAUUUGGGCAGAAGGCCCAAGCAGCCAUGCGGAGUGCGUUGAACCUUCGCUACUCCCUUCUCCCGUUCCUCUAUACACUCUUCCAUCAUGCGCACACAUCUGCUGACACUGUUGCUAGGCCCCUCUUCAUGGAGUUUCCCACCGACCCUAACUGUCUGACCCUAGACCAACAGUUCCUGUGGGGGAGUUCACUUCUCAUCAGUCCGGUUUUAGAGCAAGCGGCGGUAGAACUGAGAAUCUACCUGCCAGCUGGCACUUGGUACCACCUGCAUAAUGGUCAGCCAUUCCACAGUAACGGUCAGUACUUUCAGCUACCUGCCCCUCUGGAAACAAUCAACGUUCAUGUGAGGGCGGGGCACAUCAUCCCCCAGCAGGAGCCUGCUUUGACCACUGCAGCUUCACGUGGAAACCCUUUUUUCCUGACGGUGGCGCUAUCCACCAGUGGCAGGGCUUGGGGGGACUUGUUCUGGGAUGACGGGCAUGGUCUCAGGACUUUUGAAACACGCAAUUAUUGUUAUGUUACUUUCACUGCUGGACAGUCACAGAUAGUUAGUGACCCUCUGAACCUGAGUGGGGCCUUGGCCAGUCUGCUGCUGGGAGGCCUUCGGGUGUUUGGAGUGAGUUCACCGCCUCUUUAUGUCGUGGCAAAUGGAGAGAAAGUCAGUGACUUUACAUAUCAGGCUGACAUAAAGGUUCUGACAGUGACUAGUCUGGCGUUACCCAUGUCAAACACAUUUACAGUCCAGUGGUUUCCAUGAUGCACUGGAUUUAUAUUAUAUUCUUUACCCUCUUUACCCAAUGAAAACCCAUUUUCACUUUUUUUGGAAGAAUCCACUGGAUUAUUUUUUUUUUUAUCUCUUGGUAUUUUUAAAUAGUUUGUGAUGCCAUGAACAGGCUCACAGCAUCACAGCAUCACAGAUUCUCCACCAUACCUGCCUGGCCAAAAAAAAAGUUGCCACCAAAAAAAAGGUCACACGCUCUAAUAUUUCGUUGGACCGCCUUUAGCUUUGAUUACAUCAUGCA